AUGAUGUCGAGCGACGGUGAGCUAUCGGAUGAUCCGAACAUGGUGGUGAUUCCCGUUGAGGACAAGAAGAGCGACGGGAAGAAAUCCACUUGGCCCGUGAAUGGCCCAGAUGCCCGAUUCACCUACCGAAUGCGCAAUGAUGAGGGCUGGCGUAUCGGUCUCGCCCAAAUGUGGGUAGAGAAGCAGAUGGGUGCUCUAGAGGAUGGCAUAACUUACAUUCUGGAAAAGCUUCCUGACGGCUAUGCGCUCAUGGAUCGCCCUCGAGGAACCGAUCACAAGGUUCGCGACAGCUUCCUCUUUGGGCAUCCAACUGGAAGAUACUUUCAGUCUCGUGUUACGUUCUUCGUGCAUUUCCAUUGGCUUAUGACAGAUCGAGCCGAACCAUGCGAGUGCAAGCUCUGCUCCAGACAACAACAGUCGGGCUCCAAACCGCUUGGGGAGUUCAGGCCUCGAAAGCGGCGCACCAAGGCUGAGAUGGAGGCUGAUAGGGCCAGAUUGGCGGGCGAAGAUAAGGCCGUUGUCACCGCCAGAUCUGUUUCCCGUAAGCUUCCUGGAGAUGAGGAAGGCCCUGAUUACUGGAAGGUUCAUGUUAUGGAUCUUAAAGAGAAGGGCACUCUCGACGAGGAAAUUGACCAUCCCCUGAACCUGGACUGGGUCCUUACUCAUGAUUUCCUGACCGACUACUUCGUCCGUCUCACUCUCCAGCCGGCCUUUGUCCCCCGCCGGGGCGAAAUCGUCCUCUGGACCCAUACCCUCGAGGGAAGGCUACAGUUCAAUCCAGAGACCGAAAGAAUCGAAAUGCGUGCAGAGGACGGCAAAUGGCUCGGUAUGCCAGAUUGGCGUGCCGGUGUAGUCACGCAGGUUUCAGAAGAGGAGUCAAACUACCUCGACAUUGUCCAGGAUACCAAGAAGAAGCAGCCGAUCUCGUACUCCGGAUUCCGCGUCGAGACCUUACCCGACCCACUUGAUGAUGAUAAGUCGUACUCGUUGCACUACAAGUACGUGCCGCUAAAAUGCAUCAAGCCCUUUGGCGCCUUCGAGCGUUUCCUGUACCCUACCCCUCGCGAGAAGCUGCACCCAUCUAUUGAGAAUGCCAUGACCACUAUGGCGUCAUACAGCCUGCUGCACAAGGUUCGGUUCAGUGGAACCUGGCCUAAUGCCCGCAUCGACUGCAAGGGCAUUUUCAUCGGCCCAGAGCUCCUCGCCAUCUCGGACGCGGCACGCUUAAAGCCUUUCGGUAUGAAGGCCGAAGACAUGGAGGAUAACCCGGGCCAGGUUAAAACGGACCUAGGACCCACAGUCACCGAUGUGAUGGUUAUCGAAAAGAUCUGGCUCCAGCUCGACGAUUGUAACUCCGACCCGAACAGCGAGCAACUCGCAAGGAAGAUGGUGCCCUACAUCGCGGGCAAAGUAUACACGCGCGAUCCACAGCGGCUCAACCGUGUCAUGCCAUUUGACGCUGAUCCUUUGGAGAAACUCACCCCGAAGGAGGUUGAUGACGCGUUCUCGCAGGUGGGCAUGCGCGUGUAUGGCCGGUGGUACCGUGUUGCCAAGGGCAAGACUUGCGUUGUAUCCCCGGGUAUGAUUAUCGGGCGAUGCUUCGAACCCGAGGCUACCCGUUUGCACUACAAUACCUUUGAUCUCGACUACGAUCUCCACGGUAUCCUAAGCGGCAGACGGUACUCUGUCCGAGCAGAUACACGCAUUCCCCCAGGCCUCGACUUUUUCUGGGGCGACAAUCGCGUCGAGACCCUCGGUCUAGCAACCAUGAACGGGGUGGAAGUUGGACCGGCCGCAGAACAGCGUGACGAUCCCGUGCGUUGGCAGGCUAUUCUUCGGAUCUUACAGGGAAGCACGUCCGAUGUCGACGUGCGUCUUGCAGAUCUGGGGAUCUCCAAGGGUGUAGGCCGUCCGCGUGCGAAGAAGACAUUCAGCGAGGUCAGCAAGCUGAGCAAGCUCGUUAGUACCGGGCUGGGCGCAGUGACCGAGAACGAAGAUAGCGGGGAAGGACCUGCAGACGCGAGUGGUCCUCCGUCGGAGAUGGAGCUCUCAGAGUCGGAGUUGAUCGCACCGAUUCCAUUCCGUGAGCCAAGCGAGGGACCCGAGUAUGUACCUUAA